AUGUACUACGCACUGGCUUUAAAUGAGUUUAGUGUCACGGCGCCCAAGUUCCCGGUUGUGAUCAAGAUAGGACAUGCUCACAGCGGCGUUGCAAAGGUGAAAGUGGACUCAUUGUCUGACUUCCAGGAUAUAGCUGGUGUUGUAGCAAUGCUUGGAACGUACUGUACCGUGGAGCCGUACAUUGAUGCAAAAUAUGAUAUCCACAUACAAAAGAUUGGCACUAACUACAAAGCAUUCAUGCGCAAAUCUAUAUCGGGAAAUUGGAAAACCAAUCAGGGAUCUGCAAUGCUCGAGGCCAUUGGAAUGAACGAUAGAUACAAGAUGUGGAUAGAUGAGGUGAGCGAGAUUUUCGGCGGUCUGGAAGUUUGCGCGCUGGAGCUGGUUGUCGGUAAAGAUGGCCGAGAACACAUCAUUGAACUAAAUGACUCUGCUACCUCUUUCAUGGGAGAUUCUCAAGAAGAAGACCGUCGCCAUCUUGCGGAACUUGUGUUACAGCGUAUGCAGGCUGUUUGCCGUCCCGGCAUAACUAAGACGCAAUCACGAAGUUCGGUAUCGGGUAGCUCAGCUACUGGGUCACCAACAGAGGAAAGAGCACAUCCACCCGUAUUUGGGUCUGGUCCUCCUAGUGUCCCUCCACCGGCGCCGUUAUCCGCAGCUGCUAGUAUCGACCGCCCAUUACCGCCGAUACCGGCCGAACCAUCGCAGCCUCCUCCGCCGCCACUCACUAGACGCGAUUCCCAGGCUUCACAGUCAUCGACGGUGUCUUCCGCGUCAGCAGCCCCGAGCACCACGAGCAGCUCUGCGGCAGGCUUGGGGGCAGCUGCCACUGCAAGCACUAGUUCUGCGGCGGGUCGCGGCGGGUUCGCACGGCAAGGCUCCCUCAGCGCUGCCCUCACUGAAGACGCCGAAGACACGAUGAAAAACCUUCGCAAAACCUUUGCCGGUAUAUUCGGUGACAUGUAA